AUGCCUCAAUCCCCCACGGCCCUCAAAUCCAAAACCACCCAGCUAUAUUCAGAUCCGCACAACCCCUUCCUUCACCUUGAACGGGGACUUCUAUACGAGGGGCUAGGAUUCCCGGAUUUGGCUGCCGCAGAUGCGUACCGGGCGCUGUCGUUGUUCGAGUCUGUUGUUGACCCGGAUGGAUGCGAGUUUCAUGCUAGAAGGGUUGUUUCCCCCGAUGGGUGUAUGAAUGAGUCUUUUGAUUGUGGGGAGGAACAGGAGGAGGAGAAUGACUCCGUUCCUAUUACACGAGAUGAGCACGAUGAUACGAUUGGCAAGGUGUAUAUCUUGCUUGUGCGGUGUUUGGUUAGAUGUGGCUGUUUGAGGGAUGCGUAUGAGUUUUGUGGGAGGGGGAUUGUGCUUGUUCGUGGUCUUCACGGUUACAACGAUGAGGAGGAGGAAUUGAGGAAACUGAUGAGGGAGAUCAAGCGGGUUUAUCUUGCAAGGAUGAACAAGCCUGCUACCAGCGACGAAAGUAGUGGUGGUGAUGGUGCUGAAAUCAAUCCCAGCAUACUUCCCGCCCAGGGCUUCGCUCGAAGGGUUCUCUAUCCGUGGAACGAGCAUGAGCCGGAUCGCAAAGCACCAGAGACGCUGCGUCUGCUGAACGAGAGACUGAAGGAUGUUGCGCCCAAGUGCGAGGUGCGGGCUGUUGCACUGCCGGCUCUACAUGCCAAUGCUGCUACCACGGCUGAGAAGGACAAGGACAAUUUCCAUGACCACCAGACGGAUUCCGAUGUAUCCAUUCAACUCGGCCUCUUCGCCAAAGAGGACAUCAAACCAGGCGAAAUACUAUUACGCGAAUCAUCUCUUUUGACAGCUACGAACCGCUUACACGACGACCUCUGCGAUGCCUGCAAUGCCCCCUUACCGGACCUUUCAGCCGUGGAGCCGCCGGUACCCUGUGAAGACUGCGACGACACUAUCUUCUGCAGUCGACAAUGCCACGACCAGGCACAGCAGACCUACCAUGGCGCUAUUUGUGGAUUGGACGGUCUUCAGUCCAUCGGGAAGGACAUUCCCGAUCCCAAGGAUAAGGCGGAUUACUUGUACCUAUUACUACUGGGACGGGCAUUAGCCAUGUCCGCGACGCAGGAUGUGCAUCCACUUGAACUACCAGAAGUGAAGUAUAUCUGGGGUGAUUUUCAUGAUUACGAUUACAAUUACGAUGACGACGUUGAUGCUAAUGUUGAUAACGACCCCUCCUUCUCCCUCCCCUUCUCCUUCCACCUUAACAUCCUCCAGCCAAUGCGUCUCCUCGAGGAAAUGGCCCUGGACCCCUUCGUCUCCCUCCCCCGCUACGAUACCUGGAUCCUGAACACCCUGUACGCCAAGUUCCGGGGCACCGCGUCAGGCCGGUUAUCCACCUGGGACGGCGGGCCGGAGGUCUGCGCCGUGCACCCGUUAUGGUGUCUUGCGAACCACUCGUGUGAUCCCAACGUGCGGUGGGAAUGGGGCGGGGAGAUCACAUUUAUGGCUAGGGGAGAGACGGAGAAGGCUGUUUGGGCUGGUCUUUCUGCUGAGGAGAGGGAGAAGAGAAGGAAGACGUCCUCCACUGGUAUUCGGGCGGACGAGGAGAUCCUGAAUCACUAUUGUGAUAUUGGGUUGGAUGUGAAGCAGCGGAGAGAGUGGGCUAGGGGGGCUUUGGGCGGGUUAUGUCUGUGUGAGAGGUGUGUUUGGGAGAGUGGUGAAGGAGAGAGAGCGAAGUAG